AUGUAUUUAGCAGACACGCUGAGCAGAGCUUAUUUAACAGAAACUGAUGAUACUGUUAAUGAUCAAUCAGACAUGGGAGCUGUGAACAUGAUGGAAUCAUUAAAUUUGGAAAAUGGCACACUGAAGGGUAUUGCCACACUAAUACAAGGUGAUCCAGAUAUGCAAGACUUGCAGAGAAUAAUCUUGAAGGGAUGGCCUCAAGUUAAACAAGAGGUCCCAAAGCAGCUUCACAACUACUUUGACUUGCGGGAUGAGUUAGUUACACAUGACGGCCUGAUCUACAGAGGAGAGCGACUGCUUAUUCCACCUGCAGCACGGAAGAAUAUGAUGGAGCAGAUCCAUGCUGCUCACCAAGGGAUACAAGCAAGUAUCAGAAGAGCACGAGAGAGUGUCUACUGGCCAGGUAUAACAACACAACUCAAAGACUAUAUAGGGAGAUGUGAAAUAUGUACACAAAAUUCGGACCAACAGCAAAAGGAGACGCUCCAAUCACAUGAAGUUCCCAGGAGACCAUGGUCUAAGGUUGCAAUGGAUAUAUUUUUUCUAGAUGACCGAAAUUAUUUGAUAACUGUAGACUAUUUUUCAAAUUACUGGGAAAUUGACUACUUGAAGGAUUUGCAGUCAGAGACAGUCAUAGGAAAAGUGAAGAGUCAGUUUGCAAGACAUGGAAUUCCUGAAUGUGUUAUAUCAGACAAUGAACACAAUUCACCAGUGAGCUUUUCAGCCAAUUCUCCAAGAAAUGGAAUUUUCAACAUAAAACCUCAUCGCCAGGAUAUGCCCAGAGCAAUGGCAAGGCUGAAAAUGCAGUUAGAACAGCUAAAAGGCUACUGA